CUGUGAGGUGGGCAGGCGAGCAGCAGACAAGACCAUCUCUGCAAGUGCAGCAUAGCCUUGGCCUAGGGCAGCAGGAGUGCGUGGCCAAAGCUGUGAGCAGAGGCCCAGGUGGUGGCAGACAGUAGAGGCGCCCCAUGGGGAACAUACUGACCUGUUGUGUGCGCCCCAGUGACCCUGAGUUUGACCAGCAACAGGGGUCCGUGUGUCCCUCUGAAUCUGAGAUCUAUGAGGCAGGAGCUGGGGACAAGAUGGCAGGAGCUGGGGAUGGGAUGGCAGGGGCACCCAUGGCUGCUGCUGUGCAGCCUGCUGAGGUGACUGUUGAAGUUGGUGAGGACCUCCACAUGCACCACAUCCAUGACCGGGAGAUGCCUGAAGCUUUGGAGUUUAACCGUUCUGCCAAUCCAGAGGCAAGCACAAUAUUCCAGAGGAACUCUCAGACAGAUGCUUUGGAUUUUAACCCUUCUGCCAAUCCAGAGGCAACCACAAUAUUCCAGAGGAACUCUCAGACAGAUGUUGUAGAAAUAAGAAGAAGCAAUUGUACAAACCAUAGUGACCUUGGAGAUACAUCAUGAUAUCACGCAAAG